GCCGAUCCGCCUAAAUUUGGCCAGUCACAUAUUUAACGAAUCGGAGAGGUGUUAACAGGACGGACGAUACGUUUCUUAAGUUCGGGUUAAGCAGUGGAUAGGCGAUGAAGGGAAUGUACGUAAUCGCCAUCGCCUUUCUGGCAACUUGGGCCGUAAGCGCCGCGAACUCCGAUCAGGAUCAAGCUGUUUCGAAGGAAAAUUACUACCCGGGCCCCACUCCCACAAAAUGUCCAUAUCCCGAGCCAUGGGAGAACAUCACAACCAAUCUCCCGCAUGAAGACCAAUGCACGAAAUUUUACAAGUGCCAUGUAGGUCAAGGUGUCGCGCAAGAUUGUCCCUUAAUGAUCAAAGGAGAUCCUGUGACGAGGCUGCAUUAUAAUAGAGAACUGCAAGUUUGUGACUGGCCAUGGCAGGCCGGUUGCUCCGAAUGCCCCCUGAAGAAUUCAGACGGAUCAUAUCCGCCGCCGACUAAAAUAAAUGUACCCGGAUCCUGCAAUCAGUACUACGAGUGCAUAAACGGUCAAAAAUACUUGCGUUAUUGUCAACCGUCUCAUUGGUGUUUUAGUCGCACAUGUCAAGCUUGCGUUGAGGACAAGAGAGGUGGAAAUUGCGGACCACGUAGAGAAGAUGAAUAUCGAUGCAAAUCAAAUUUAGACAACGGCAAGACAAGAAUCCAUCCUUGUGGCUGCAUUGAAUAUUAUAGAUGCGAAUAUCCUGACGAGAUAGAAUACAAGUGCGAAGGUGGUCAACAUUAUAGCCCCACAGAGGCAAGAUGCACGUCACCGGACCGAGCUAAUAAUCCUAAUCCUGGCUGCCGACCACGCUAAGAGAAAAACAAUGAUUGCAACUAUCAUAAUUUGAUUAUAAUAUAUAGUCAUUUUUUAUGCCAACUAUAUAUUUGUUUGAUAGAACUAUAAAUAUAAUUAUUAUUACUAUUAUAGCAGUAAUAAUUAUAGAAGCUCCAAAUCAUAAUUAUUUUACCACGCAACUAUAGUCACAAAUACUAAAUAUCUUUUCUCUCAGUGCAAAAAAAGCAACAAAAAGAACCUCGCAAACUAUUUGAAGCUUAUUCUCAAGAAUGGUCAACAAGUGCGAUUGCGGAUUAUUUUACAGAUGCAAAUAUAAAAAAGACCUAUUGUCUUUUCUUCGGAAAUUCCUCUUCGAUAAGGAUAAAGAUACAACUCUUCCCUACACUUACCUCUUCUUCGAAAAAAAUUCGCAAAUACUCAAAUGUAAAAAUUAUGAAGAUAUUUGUUAUAGAUAAUCAUCCAUUCCGAAAGAUAAUAAGCUAAAAAUAAUGACGAGUAUGAAGAGAAAAUUGCUUUGCUAAAAUUAAUAUUAUAUUUUAUUUGUACUAGUAAAUUAGUUUCCUAUGAUAUUUAAGAUGAAUAAAUCUGAUAAUAUGUA